UCUCUUUCUGUCUGUUUCGCUCUCUCUCUCUCUCAGAAGCAAGGGGAGGAGUCAGCAGGGUGAGCAUGCUGUCAGGUUGCCGUGGUUUCAGCCUCUCGUUUCUUGUGGCGACUGUCGUCGGGGAUGUGUGUGUGUGUGUGGCUGACGGGUGUGUGAGUGAGUGUGUGUGUGUGUAUGUGAGCCGUGAUUCUUACAGCUGUGAGGAUUUAUGACAAGAGGAAGAGAAGAAGAGAGGAAGGAAGAGAGGAAGGAAGAGAGGAAGGAGGUGUUGAAGGAUAGAUCUGGAUUAACAUCGCUGCAGACCAGGAUCACAGCGAGUCAUCGUUUCCUCUGAGCUGCAGACGUCUUCAUCAUCAACCUUCAUCACUCCAUCUUUGUCUGCACAGGAAGGACUGAAGGAGGAAAAAAGAAAGAGGGAAGGAAGGAGGCAGUGAAGAAGGGAUGGAGGGAGUUUGAGUCCUCGCUGAUCCUCCGGUCUUUAGGGAGUCAUGACGUCUCAGGAGGAGGCAUCUUCCUUCAGGAGGUUUUUUCAGUAUGUAGAAGACAGCGGCCUUCGAACAUACGACGGUCUGGUGAUCCAAAAUGCCUCCGACAUCGCAAGAGAGAGUGACCGCGUUCGCAACCAGACCAACUGGACUUACCUGCAGGAAAAACACCAGAAGAAGAGACGACAGGAAGAAGCCAUCAAAAGGAUUGGGGAAGAUGUUGCCAUGGCAACAGACGGGGCAUACUCUGGGAAACAUUUUAGGAUGGGUUUCAUGACGAUGCCGGCACCACAGGACCGUCUGCCACCCCCGAGUCAGGGAUUCACUGUCCGAUCCCAGUCCCUCCACUCAGUGGGCGGAGGAGACGACGACUCCAACCACAACCGAAAACAACCACCGCCCAAACCCAAAAGAGACCCCAGCACCAAACUGAGCAGCAGCUCUGAGACAGUGAACGGAGGCACCGGCGUCACCAAGAGAGACGCCCAAGAGACCAAAGAGACGCUAGAGCAGGCUGAAGCUCGAUGUCAUCUCUACAGUGAGGACUACAAGAAGAUGCCUCCACCCAAACCCAAAAGGAACCCAAACACUCAGCUCAGCACCUCCUUUGAUGAAUCUUACAUCCAUAACCAUGGCAGCAAGAAGUCUUCCUUGCGAUGGGACAAAUCCUUAUCCCAGAGUCAGAGUCCAGCGUCAAGAGACACAGACGAUGAGGAACCUGUCUACAUUGAGAUGGUGGGAAACAUCCUGCGAGAACUGAAAGGUCAGGAAGCCGUGGAGGAUGAGCAGAGUGAGUCAGUGUAUGAGGAGAUGAAAUACCCGAUGUUGGAGGACUUCCUGCAGGACACUCACUCUGCCAUCAUGGAUCCUGAAGCCUGGUUAUCCCGCGGAUCUCUCUGCGACAUCCCUCCACCUUUCCCCAAUCUCCUGACUCACCGCCCACCACUGCUCAUCUUCCCCCCAGCCCCCGCUCAGUGCUCCCCCAACUCUGAUGAGUCCCCCCUCACCCCCUUAGAUGUCACCCGGUUGCCCAUGAUAGAAAACGUCUCCUACAGUAAGUCGGGUGGUGUCGAACAUCCUCAGAGCUCCAGCCACCACCGCAAGGAGCAGGGCCGGGAUCGGGACCGGGAUCUGCCCUCCACCCACACCAUUACAUCCUCUGGCCGCUCAUCUGCUCCGCCUCUCCCCUCAAACUUCUAUAAGUCCUCUGGCUCCGCCCACGGUGGUCAUGGUUAUCCCCGCAGCCAAUCAGCAUGUCCAUCUCCAGUCAGCAUGGGUCGGUCACUGACUCCUCUGAGCCUGAAGAGGCCGCCACCGUACGAUGCUCUGAUGGCAGGAGGAAGUAUGCCCCGCUCCUCAUCUUCCUCUUCCUCAUCCUCACACAGGGCUGGGGAGGGUGGGGCUAAACUCAGUAACUCAUCCUCCACACAUGGCUCCAUGCAGAACGUGUCGAUGAGAUCACAGACUCCCACAAGCCCAUUGGACGAACUCAACCUUUUUACCUCUGGUAGACAGAUGAUGAAGAAGGGAUCCGGUGGCAGGAAGAGCCGAGAGAGUGAAG